AUGUCGGAUUUCGGAAAUCCACUCAAAAAGUUCAAACUUGUCUUUCUGGGAGAACAAAGCGUUGGCAAGACUUCGCUAAUCACUCGUUUUAUGUAUGAUUCUUUCGACAAUACCUACCAAGCUACCAUUGGAAUUGAUUUCCUCAGCAAGACCAUGUAUUUGGAGGAUCGCACCGUGCGUCUUCAGCUUUGGGACACUGCUGGCCAGGAGCGAUUCCGUUCUCUCAUUCCGUCGUAUAUUCGCGAUUCCACUGUUGCUGUCGUCGUUUACGAUAUUACGAAUGCCAACUCAUUCCAUCAAACUUCCAAGUGGAUUGAUGAUGUCCGUACCGAAAGAGGAAGCGAUGUCAUCAUAAUGCUUGUAGGAAAUAAGACAGAUCUCGGAGAUAAGAGACAAGUGUCUACCGACGAAGGUGAAAGGAAGGCCAAAGAGCUCAAUGUUAUGUUCAUUGAGACAUCUGCUAAGGCCGGCUACAAUGUCAAACAGCUCUUCCGGCGCAUUGCUGGUGCUCUUCCAGGAAUCAUUAAGGACGAGCCUGUUGACCCACCAAAUGUUGUUAGCAUGGACCCAAUUCGCCAACGCCAAAUUGUCACCGACGAAGGAUCAUGCUGGUGUUAA